CUGGGGGUGUCCACUCUCCUUCCACCAGUAUGGCGACGUCCUCCCAGUACCGCCAGCUGCUGAGCGACUACGGGCCGCCGUCCCUCGGAUACACCCAGGGAACUGGGAACAGUCAGGUGCCCCAGAGCAAAUAUGCUGAGCUACUGGCCAUCAUUGAAGAGCUGGGGAAAGAGAUCAGACCCACCUACGCAGGAAGCAAGAGCGCAAUGGAGAGGCUGAAGCGAGGCAUCAUUCACGCCAGAGGACUGGUCCGGGAGUGCUUGGCUGAGACGGAGCGGAACGCCAGAUCCUAGCCACCUUGUUAGCUUUGAAGGUUUUCCAUCUUUUUUUUCCAAGAUGAGAAGUUACAGCUCAUCUCCCGUUUUCUUUGUUUUCAAAGUGGUAAUUCCUUUUUUUUUCCUCCCCUUUUCCCUUCCGUGGUUCACUUGGCUGUGAACCUGCAGUCUCUAAGGUUGAGAAGAGAUUUGGCAGUUGAUUAGGAUUUGCAUUUUCAGUAGUUAGGAAUGACCCAGUGUUUUUGGUUGGUUUUUGUUUUCCUGUUUUUUUAAGCAUCAAUUUAAAAACUACACGGAAAGUUACCUAUCUUCUGCCUCCAAGAUCCCAGGACCUCACCUUGCUCUUCUGUUUUGAAUACAUUUGUUACCCCAGUUGUUCUGCGUCCCUUUUCAUAAGCUCAUACAACUUUGAGGAUUGGUUUUUAAUGAAUACUGACAACACGCUUUUGUAGGAGCUGCUCCCAGCGCGCCAUCCAGCGUAGAUCCUGCUUCACUUAACUUUUUUGCUUAAGCAUUUGCAUGACUUUUAGUGCUUUGAAGUCAGUUUAAAAAAUGCACAAGUUCUAAAUACAGAAGAAAGAGCAACUGACCAAACCUAACAAGGGCCCCCGAGAAACUUCAUAUUAAGACUGUGUGUAGAUUUCAGUUUUGUAAGUUGAUCACAACAUUGGGAAAAAAAAAGGACUCUGAAACUGUUUGCAUCUUUGUAUGUAUUUAUUACUUGAUGUAAUAAAGCUUAUUUUCAUUAACAGUUUGUAUGGAAAUGUGGGUUCCUUGAAUUUAAAUUCAAAGUCAGUGAGGUGUGUGGGAAUACACAUCGAAGGGGAUUUUCCCACCUGGCCC